AAUAGAUCUAUUUAGGAAUUUCAAGUGCGGUAUAAACACGCUGGGAUUUCAAACAUUCAGCCUGACAGCACCAUUUUCCAUUGUUAUGGCAACAAGCAGGCGGUGCUAAACAAACUUAUUGACAUGAAAAUUUAAGAUAGUUUUGUAUUCAUGUUCGUAGUUUGUACGAGUUCCGGCUGUGCAAAAAUUACCGGCCAAUAUUAACUGGCCUAUAUAAAUUUGCAAGAGACUACUAUUCUGUGGGAAAACCGGUUGCUACAGUUGCGAAAUGUUCAAGAACACUUUCCAAUCUGGAUUCUUAUCGAUUUUGUACAGUAUUGGCUCAAAACCGCUACAGCUGUGGGAUAAGAAAGUUCGCAAUGGCCACAUCAAGCGCAUCACCGACAAUGACAUACAGAGUCUCGUCCUCGAAAUAGUUGGCACAAAUGUAAGCACUACUUUCAUAACGUGUCCGGCGGACCCCAAGAAGACAUUGGGUAUCAAGCUGCCCUUUCUCGUGAUGAUCAUUAAGAACAUGAAGAAGUACUUUACAUUUGAAGUCCAGGUACUGGACGACAAAAAUGUGCGUCGAAGGUUCCGGGCUAGCAACUACCAGUCGACAACCCGUGUAAAGCCAUUCAUUUGCACAAUGCCCAUGCGCUUGGACGAGGGAUGGAAUCAAAUCCAGUUCAACUUGUCCGACUUCACUCGUCGGGCCUACGGUACCAACUAUGUAGAAACGCUCCGGGUGCAAAUUCAUGCCAACUGUCGCAUACGUCGCGUUUAUUUCUCAGAUCGGCUCUACUCGGAGGACGAGCUGCCGCCGGAGUUCAAGCUCUUCCUUCCGAUUCAAAAGCCGGUUCAAAAGUCUAACGCCAUUUGCAGUUAAUUUCAGCGCUUCUAAAACCAAAUAUAGAGCACCUACUUUACGGAGUCGAUGAAUUACGAAGCACAAACUGCACAAGACUGUCAUCUGACACAUAUUUACACUUUAUGGGAAUUACAAACUUGCAACAUGUCUGCAAACGUCACGAAUAAAAAUUCAUGUACAGAAA